AUGGAUCCACAGCUGUUCACUCACAACGGCGUCUUCUCUUUGAUUCUCCAGCGGAUGAUGCUGGAAGCGCAUACAGCCAACGGAGCUAUACUUUCCCAUUUUGGUCAUGUUUAUCCUACCGGAAAGGAUGUCUCCAUGCCGUUGUUGCCGUUACCCAUAACCGACUCUAAACCGUUCGGAAUGCAGCCGCCAUCAUUACUGUCGUUGCGCAAAGAUAGCGUGAGCGCUCACAAACGACGAAAUCUUGAGAUGAAAAUCUCUCUGCUAAAGAAACGAAAAGAACAGUUAGUGGAAGCUCAAAUAGAUGACCGGAAUGUCUCAACUGUCAAAGGCGAUAUUGAAGUGGAGGUCUGCAAGCAUGAGGAAGAGGAAGUUAAUGAAGAAGUUAUGAAUAGAGGUCGAAGCAUCGAAAGUUCUAAGUCAAAGUUGGAUUUCGACCUAGUAGGCAGUUCUGAAUUCGAAAACGAAUCUGGUAGGGAGCAGUUCUUCAAAUCCGCUCACGCUGCGGACGUGCACUUCAAAAAGGCGCAUAAAAAGCCAGCUGUUAGGCCAUCUACGGAUUGCGAGGAGUGUGGCAAGCGAUUCGCGUCGGCUUUUCAACUUCGGGAACACAUUUCUAUCCAACACUUAAAAGAGCGCAACUUCACAUGUGAGGAAUGCGGUCAAAAGUUUGGCAGGCGAGGUGGGCUGAGGAGACAUGUGCAAAUGGUCCAUCAGAAUCACCUUCACAAGUGUCCGUACGAAGGUUGUGAUCAUCCUGGAUACAAAUGUAGUAAGGCGUUAACAGCUCACAUUCGCUCGGUACAUACGAACGUUCGACCAUAUGUCUGUGAGACUUGCGGAAAAGCGUUCGUGCGUCGGAACGAUUUGAAGAUGCACAACCUGACUCACACCUCUGAGACGGCAUUUCGCUGUAAAUGUGGCAACAAGUUUCGUCGAAUGAUCUACCUGAAGAAACACGAACGGUUGUGUGUCUUGCGCAAAGGUGAAUCACCUGUGGGUGAUAACGCUGAACAGAUUGAAAAGAAAGUACAGUCAACUCUGCGAGGAAAAACAGUGAAGAAGAGCCAAUACGAAGUUUUGCCAUUAAUCAUUGAAUUGAGCAAGGAGCAAUCGCUUGGUCUUAUUACAAAAAAGGACUUAGUGAUUGGCGUGAAAUUUGAUAGUCCUUGUCUUGGAAUUCUUCAAUCAGGAGAUAUUCUAUUCACCUUUAAUGAUGAAGUUUUCUCUGAAGAUCCUGCGAAAAACAAGGAAAUGCUUGCUAGAGCAAAUCACAACGGAGGAAAACACACCGUGUCUGUGAUACGAUUUAAACGACGAGCACCUGUAAAACCCAUCUUUCCCAAAGGAUUUGAACCUUCUGAGGAAUGUGAUUAUCAGUGGACCGUACUUUACUUGCUGCGAGGAAUGACAUUAGGACUAGAUGUCUAUGUAGCGAACAUCGUGCCAGACAGCAUAGCAGGAAUGUCACUACUUAUCGGCGAAUGCAUUGUUGAUGUGGAAGGAGAGUUAAUAACAUCUAUAACCCAGUUAACCGACGUGUUGGUCAAAAUUUUUGAGCAAAAUGGCCAAGCGCGUCUAUUAGUUGAGGCUCCCGCCAAUGACAUGCUUCGCAACGUUCUUCGAGCAAAAAUCGCAGCCGCUAUUGGACCUCCUGAAUUAAAGGACUUACCACUCCCGCCUGAAACAAAACUGUGGGCUGAAAAAGGAUUGGCUGCAUUAAAAGAAAAAGAUCCGAAUCCGGUCUACAAAACUCCAAAAACGGAGAAAGAGCGUAAGGAAAAGAAAAAAGCCUCAAAAGCCGAUGAUGCUGUUAAGAAAAGAAGCACGCAUUUCAAUGAAAAAACUAUUGAACAUACUUAUUACGAUGACUUACAAACCAGUCUAAUUGUUAAGGUCCCACCUCCUAAGACGAAGGACGAUACUCAUGCCCCACAAUCCUAG